AUGGCGUCGUUCUGGGUCGUCUUGUACAUCAGAAUGACGACGACGACGACCAGUGCUCAGGCUGUCGGUGUUCUGGAGGCUCUGGACUUCGGUCUGGAACAAGCGCAAGAGAUGAUUGACAGGGAGCAACAAGAACUGUCAGACUCUCCAGGCCUCCAAAUUACCCGGGCAGAACCGGAGGCAACGAAACAAGCCAAGUGCACAGGACGACUCCUUCUUGAAGCUUCUAAGAAACUGGCGAAAGAGUUGGUUGCGACCGCCUCCAGAAGUGCUCCUCUGAAGUUUUCUCUCUUCGUCGACAGUAACCGGAUCUCAUCUGAGGAUGCGAGAGACUUCCUAGCCCGACAGAGCGUAGGACUCCCGCCGGAGGAAUGUCAGCGCCGCGUGGAGAAGCUGGCAGGAUGCGACCUGGUUGAGCCUCCGACGCCGUCUUGCUCACCUGGCUUCCCCUACCGCUCCAUCGACGGGUCCUGCAACAACCUGGCCAACCCGAAGUGGGGGGCGGCCAUGAUCCCCUUCAGGAGGUUCCUCGACCCGGCCUACGAGGAUGGCAUAGACUCCAUGCGUGGCACUAACCGCUCCAGAGAACAGAGGCUACCUUCCUCUCGGACAGUGAGUGCCAUGUUGCAGAAGAUCGAGCAGCAACCAAAGAACAGCCUCAUAACCCUCAUGGUCAUGCAGUGGGGCCAAUUCACCGAUCAUGAUAUAGUCCACACUCCCGAGGCAGCGUUGGGAAUGAUGGAAAAAGAGACAAAACCCAUUCCGUGCUGCAUGAAUGGAGUCGAACCCUCCACUCCCGACGGGGCACGCGACUGCCAGCCCAUCGAUGUGUCCCAAGACUCGAUUCACAGUGGGUUCGGGAGGUCCUGCCUGCGGUUCGUUCGCUCCCUCAUCGCCAACCAGGGAUGCGUCUUGGGACCCCGCGAACAAGUGAAUCAAGUGACUGCAUAUUUGGAUGGUUCCUCGGUGUACGGGUCGAGGUCCCAGCUGGCACGGGACUUGAGGCUGCGCAGCGGUGGCCAGUUGAACCGGACGGCCGCUCGACGAAGUGGGCGUGGUCACCUCUUGCCCGUGAUGGAGUGCGAGGGGGGUGAGGGCGGGGCUACAGGAGGUGACUGUUUCAUGGCAGGUGAUGUGCGGGUCAACGAACAACCUGCCCUGGCCUCCAUGCACACACUAUGGGUUCGGGCGCAUAACACACUGGCAACACAGCUCUCCGUGGUGAACCCACAGUGGGAGGAUAACAUGCUUUAUGAGGAAACAAGACGAAUCAUCGGUGCCCUAAUACAACAAAUUACUUACCGAGACUUCCUGCCUGUCAUCCUAGGAGAGACCGCGAUGCAGGACUUCAAACUGUAUCCUUUAAGUACAGGAUAUACUGAUGACUACGAACCUACUCUGGAUGCCUCUGUUGUGAAUGUUUUCGGCGCGGCAGCUUACAGAUUCGGCCACACUCUCAUUGGCGACGUCCUGCGUGGCGACGGGACCGACCUGCACCUUGAGGACAGUUUCUUCAAGCCAGAACAGCUCUUCGAAGACCAGACGAGGCCUUCAGCGUUACUCGAGGGCCUCGUGAACACCAGCGCUCAGCCCUACGACACAUAUCUCGUUCCUGCGCUGAUCAACAGCCUCUUCAAAGGCCCUCAUGAUCCGGUCGGGAUGGAUCUGAUGGCUCUUAAUAUACAGCGAGGGCGUGACCAUGGACUUCCUGCCUAUCCGGAAUGGAGGAAAAAAUGUAACCUGACCACCCUUGACUCCGCCGAUGACCUGCCUUCAUUCCUGUUCAAAUCCGCGGCACACACUUUUCGAAAACUGUACCGGAGUACAGACAACAUCGACCUGUUCCCCGCUGGUCUGGCCGAGCAGCCUGUGCCCGACGGCCUGCUCGGUCCUACCUUCACCUGCAUCAUCGCCCACCAGUUCGCCAGACUCAAGCGAGGAGACCGAUUUUGGUUCGAAAAUCUUAACCAGCCUAAACCUUUUACUGAAGAUCAGCUGAAUUCCCUUCGAUCCGCGCAGCGGACACCCGUACGAUGGGGGAAACCCCGCAAUGUAAACACUGAGGGGGAGGACUGUCCCGCCCCUUCCGCGGCUGAAGAGUGCGCUUCAGUCUGUAGUUCAGUGGAUAGCCCCGCUGAAUCCAUUGCUAUGCAACGGGCAUGUGCUGAAGGUGAUUCCGACGCCCAGGUGGGCGACGCUGACGAAGUGACGGCUUCACAUUAG